AUGCCUACAAGCAUUACUACCCGGCAAUGGUACCCAAAGGUGUACGCGGACGAGUACACCAAUACCCAACUCGACAUUGCAACCGAUGCUAUUAUCCCUGGUCAGAUAAGCACUAUUGCUAUCGACUGGAUGAUACAGGCCGAAGAGAACGGAGACUUUGACAUCAUGCUUAUUCAAGACUUCCAAGAGACAUUUGCAGGAUGGUCUCUCAAUCAUUUCAAUGCAAUGGACAUGCGAGUCCGUACAGCAGUCAAGAACAUACUCCGCGACCGAGGUGUCUACAUCGAGAAGAACAGCCGCAACACCAUCGCACAACAGCUAAUAGCAGAAGAGGCACAACACGCUAGAACAACCCAACAAAGCAGCAACCCGCUAACUCAGAGCGCCAAUAUAAACUAUGCGCCAUCUCCUGCCCAGGCAAACGUAACAGCCCUCACCAACCUCGCAAAGGUAUACAGUGAGGAGGAGAAGUUCAGUGGCGACAAGUAUGACGUCCUCGACAACAAGAUAGUCAUCUUUAAAGACCAUUGCGAAAAGGUUGGCAUUACGACACCAGCACAGUACAAACUUGCAGUCUCUACUAUGCUCAGAGGCAAGGCCUCAGCAUACUACUACAACUACAUUGCUCCACUCAACCUAGACUACGACAGCAUUAUCAAGAAACUAGGGGAGUACUUUCACACGAGCGAGAACUACCAAAUGUUCUUAAGUGAGUGGCGCACCAUUAUGCUGAAAGACGUCAUCGCCAACAACCCCGACAAGACACUCACCCAGUGUCUCGACAUAGUCAUCGACAAGCUCCAGCUGCUGCACCAGGCAAUGACUCAACAGAAUGGACCAAGCGAGCUCGCUCUUACAAGCCAACUUAUUGCUGCCUGUCAAGGCGUCGAAGCAUGUAGCGCAGUCCUUAUCCGCCCAGCUUCAACCUUUGAAGCCGUUGCCUCAGAACUCCGCAACGCUGUCGGCAACUGGACGCGCUGCCAUCCGCGCUCACAGUUCAACUGCGAGGAGUCCGAUCCGAGCGAAGACGCGUUCUACACAAACCGCCGAUACAACCGCAACGAUAGCGGACAACGCGACAAACCGCGCAACUAUAGCGCACAAGGCCAAGGCGAAGGAUCCCGCAACUACAACCGCGGAGGAUCCCGCUUCCAACGCAGCUUACCCCGAUCGCAGUACAACGAUGAUACACAGCGCCGCAAUAACAGGAAGUGCUACGUCUGUAGCAAGCCAGGCUGCUGGUCAACUCGUCACUCUAGAGAAGAGCGAAAGGAAGCGCAACAACGUUUCCGGACGUACGUGCAGACCCGCAACGUCGAUAUAGACUACGAAGCUUUCCUUGCCCAGUUUGAGGGCAUUGACCUUAAUGACGACGACGAUAACGGCGGCACGGACGAAGAACUCGACGCGUUCUUCAACAACGACCAGUUUGAUACAAAGCACCAGUUUCUCACUGCUACCUGCGGUGCAGUUGAUGGAGGAACAAUGAGGCAAGCCACCUCUUCACACUCGAUCACCGGUACGGGCGCGAGCAGUUUCCAAGGCAUCAUGCCAGACACCGGCGCGGCCGGAGUGUCUACAGCAGGCAAGCAACAGGUUACAGCGUUACACCGCAUCCAACCGUUAUGGAUUGACAAGUCAACUGCUGGCCGACACCGGAUCCGAUUUGGGGAUAACCCGGAGUGUGUUUCUAUCGGCGACGUCAACGUCCAGACACCCGUUGGAGUGAUUAGGUUCGCUGUAAUGCCUACUAACACACCGUUCUUACUCUGUCUUGAUGACAUGGACCGCCAUGGCAUCUACUUCAACAACGUCGACAAUACGCUAGUUCAUCAGUCCAAGGAGUACCCAAUUGUCCGCAAGUGGGGGCAUCCACGGCUUCUUCUCAACAAGCAGGAGACUGCCACCCACUAUCUCACCGAAGGAGAACUCCAGCAACUCCACCGACGUUUUGGGCAUCCAGCCGCCGCACGCCUCUACAAAGUCCUAGUAAAGGCAGGCCACGACGACAUUGACAAGACGCUAAUUGAUGAGAUUAACAAGUUCUGUCAUCAGUGCCAGAUAACUGCUAAAGCACCAGGCCGAUUCCGCUUUACUCUACGCGAUGACAACCUCGACUUCAACUCCCGCGUCAUCGUCGACAUUAUGUACAUUGACAGUAAACCAGUCCUCCACGCCGUUGACGAAGCAACUGCUUUUCAAGCCGCCCGCUUUCUUAUAGACAUAAAAGCAAGCACAACAUGGGACACGCUGCGCGCUAUGUGGAUUGACAUGUACGUUGGACCGCCCGACACUAUCGCGACCGACGCUGGCACAAACUUUGCGAGCAAAGAGUUUGUUGAUAAUGCCAACGCGAUGAUGAUAGAAGUCCACGAAGUACCAGUUGAGGCCCAUCACUCGAUUGGCAAAAUUGAACGCUACCAUGCUGCCAUCCGACGAGCGUUCGAAGUCAUCUCCGCCGACAUCGGUGCAUCUACGACGACGAAGGAUGACAUCCUCCAGAUGGCUGUCAAGGCUGUCAACGACACCGCCGGACCUGAAGGACUUGUACCAACGCUGCUGGUAUUCGGCACCUAUCCACGUCUCUCCAAGACAUCACCGCCAUCUCCCUCAAUCACCGCGCGCGCAACGGCAAUACGCAAAGCGAUGGCAGAAGUCCGGAAGAUUAAGGCAAAGCGACAAGUCAAUGAAGCUUUAGGUACCCGUAACGGGCCAAACAACAUCGUCACGCAAGUACUAGAACUACCGCUGCAGAGCAACGUCAAGGUGUGGCGUGAAGGCCUCGGAUGGACUGGCCCGCACACUCUCCUCGCCCUGAACGACGAUCAGACUGCUGCUAUCGUCGACGCUCAUGGGAAACAAGCAAGUUUCCGCAUCACCUCUGUCCAGCCGUAUCAUCAAGACGACACUACAAAUCUCCCGCGACCUGACGAGGAACAGCACGGCGAUGAGGAACAGCAUAGCGAGCAUCAGCGCGACAAUGACGACUUUGUUCCCCCAGAAGAGCCACCGCAACGCCGAGGACGCGGCCGUCCCAAAGGCUCCAAGAACAAGCCGAAGACACACGCUGCUAACCUCGCACAGCGCGAGAAAGACGACAUAGUGCUAGCCAGGACACUGCGCACUACCGGUAAGAUCACGACACCUGGAGAACCUUUUGAGCUGUCAACCAAGACAGAGAUUGACGCUCUCAUUACCCGCGGCGUCUUCCGCUUUGAGCCAUUCAAUCUAGCCAAGCAUGGCGGGAUCCGGAUCUUCAAGUCCCGCAUUGUCAAUGAAGUGAAAGGCAAGACCACCGAUAAGCCGUACGAGAAAUCUAGACUAGUUGUACAAGGCUACGCCGAUGAUGGCAAGAAGAUUGUACUCACCCAGAGCCCCACGAUACAACGCGCAAGCCAGAGGAUCAUUAUUGCUCUUGCACCGGUAUUGAUCCAAAUGGGCAUGAAGUUAUGGCUCCGAGACAUCACGCAGGCGUACACGCAGUCCGACGACCGCCUCCAGCGCACUAUCAUUGCAGACCUGCCUGUACAACUCCGCAAAGUGUACCCACAAGGAACCAUCAUGGUCGUGGUGAAACCACUGUAUGGCAUCGCCGAAGCAGGUGCCUACUGGUGGUCAACAUACUUCAAACACCACACGACGACACUCAACAUGGAGACGUCUACGUACGACCCAUGCCUCCUCAUCUCCAAGGCCACCGACGCUGGAACAACCACAGGUUUCGGCAUUGUUGGCAUGCAAACCGACGACACUCUUGGUCUCUCAGACAACGCAUUCGCUGAUAGAGAGACAGGAGCUCCGUUUCAAGCUAGACAAAAGUACCUCACAGACACUGACCCUAUCGAGUUUAAUGGCUGUAUCAAGAAGCAAGGUGAGAAACUUGAGAACGCUGUUGAUGCAAAGUCCUACAUACAACAACGAGCACGAGGAGCAUAUAUCGCGACUAUCUGUCAGCCAGAGGCAAGCUUUGAUCUCGCCGCUGCAGCGCAAGCGACUGAACCGACAAAAGAAGAAAUAUCCAGAUUGAAUAAGCGCAUUAACUGGCAGAAGAAAAACGUCUCUCGCGGACUUAGCUACGUGCCUAUUGAGAUGAAAGAUCUCAAGCUAUACACGAUGGUGGACGCCUCGUUUGCCAACAACAAGGACAUGAGCUCUCAAAUGGGAUACGUUAUUAUUCUUGGUAACGAGACUGCAUCUUCAGACGGCAGCUUUAAGAUACGUGGCAACAUUAUUCACUGGUCCUCCACUAAAUGCAAACGCGUCACAAGGAGCGUUCUAGCAUCGGAGAUCUAUGCAAUGGCACAUGGCGUUGACAUUGCACUGGCCAUCGGCACCACGAUUGACAUGAUUAUGGACCGACUGUCUUUCCCUAAGGUCUCUAUUGUCGCAUGCACGGAUUCACGAUCCUUGUACGACUGUCUCGUCAAACUCGGCACUACUAAGGAGAAACGUCUCAUGAUAGACAUCAUGGCAUUGCGCGAGGCAUACGAGCGCAACGAUCUCAUGGAUAUCCGCUGGAUUGACGGCAGAGACAACCCAGCAGAUGCGAUGACAAAGGCAGCGAGCAACUCUGCUUUAGAGCAUCUCAUUGACACCAACGAGCUCGAACUUCGUGUACAGGGAUGGGUGAAUCGCGACACCACAGGCAUCGAGCCUACGAACAAGCCAGGCACCAAGCCUACGAACAAGACAGGCACCGAGCCUACAGACAAGACAGGCACCGAGCCUACAAACAAGACAGGCACCGAGCCUACGAGCGAUGGCACCGAGCCCACGAUUGAUUGUGGUGAGAACUGA